CUCAUCUGAGCAGGCAAGACCUCUCUUCCUCUGGUUCUCUUACUCUUUUCUGUCUGUCUUUCUCUCCUUAUUUAAAAAGGGGUGGGUCGUGAAUUACAUAUUCGUCUGUGGCUGUAGUGGGUUAGGUUUUUGUUUGCUGUGCUUUCAGUCUCAUUUGACAUUUCGUUUAGUUCUCAAGUGUACUUUUUUUUUGACCAUUUUUUUUUUCUGCUUUCAGAAGCUACUUGGCUCCUGCCCCACCCCCCUCUACCUCAUUUUUUUUGAAGAAGAUUCAACCAAACAAGCAAUCAAAGCCUUUGGAAGAAUGAGUACCUACAACAUUUCUCUGAGUGGGUCGGCCCCAUGGGGCUUCCGAUUGCAGGGAGGCAAAGAUUUCAACAUGCCCCUGACCAUCUCCAGGAUCACCCCUGGGAGCAAGGCACAGCAGGGCAACCUGGUCCAGGGUGACAUCAUCGUGGCCAUCGACGGCGUCAGCACUGAGGGCAUGACCCACCUGGAGGCCCAGAACAAGAUCAAGUGUGCCAGCUUUAACCUGGCCCUGACCAUGCAGAAGUCAAAGCGCCCAGCUCUGCAAAGUGCCACCCCAAGAAUCGACUCUCCCAUGCAACAGAUCCCUCACCAGAAGGUUAUUUUCAACACUCCUGCCAACAACGAGUACAUCCCCAACUUCAACCCCAAUGCGCUGAAGGACACUGCCCUGUCCACCCACAAGCCCAUCGAGGUGAAGGGUCCUGGGGGCAAGGCCACCAUCAUCCAUGCCCAGUACAACACCCCCAUUAGCAUGUACUCCCAGGACGCCAUCAUGGACGCCAUCGCCGGACAGUCCCAGUCCAAGGGCCACGAGGGCGGUUCACUCCCUGUAAAAGACGCUCAGGUAGACAGUGCCUCCCCAGUGUAUCAGGCUGUCAUCAAGGCUGCAGACAGGGACAUGGAGUUGAACGACUGGGCCCGCAGCUCCUCCCAGGUGCAGUCCAAGUCCUUCCGCCUCCUCGCCCACAUCACGGGAACGGAGUUCAUGCAAGACCCAGACGUGGAACAUCUGAGGAAAUCAAGGGAAAAGUUUGACACAGAAUUUAAAGGCCCACGUUUUGCCAAAUUGAAAAGUUGGCACAAUGGCCUGUCUGCUCAAAUCCUUAACGUGCCAGAAAAAACCCUGGUGGCUUCACCUGCUGCUUCACAGUCUCCAGAGCCCGCCCCCGUAGCCCCUGAACCCACCCCUGAGAGCGAGCAGCCACCCCCAGCCACCCAGACACAGCCAGUGGCCCCUGAGGCCCCUGCAGUCCCCUCUGGGGCACCUCGCCACCUGACGCAUGCAGCCUCCCAUAUCUCGUCUGCUUUGAUUACACAGUCUAGAAACAAGGUUUAUAAGCAAGGGCCACCGCCCACCUCUGCGCUGGAGGCUCUGUCAAUCACCCCAGUGUUCCGAAGCAGCACUUUGCCCAAACGAAAGCGCACCCUGCCCUCUGGGAAACCCAAGCACCUGAGCUACAGCCUGCAACAGUCUGCCUCUGGUUACAGCUCCCAGUACAAAUCCUCAGUCUCCAGCCAAUAUGGCCAGGCUCCCCCCAUGCAACAAGCCCCUCCCAUGUACCAGGGGCAAUCCAUGUACCAGGGGCAAUCCAUGCAGCAGGGGCCUCCCAUGCAGCAGGGGCCUCCCAUGUACCAAGGGCCUCCCAUGCAGCAGGGACCUCCCAUGCAGCAGGGACCUCCCAUGUACCAGACCCCGCAUAUGCAGCAGCCUCCACACAUGCAGCAGCCUCCACACAUGCAGCAGCCUCCACACAUGCAGCAGCCUCCACACAUGCAGCAGCCUUCUCACAUGCAGCAGCCUCCUCACAUGCAGCAAAGCUCCAUCCAGAUCCCUGUGGGCCCUCCCCCACCCAAGGUGGUCAGCACCGCCUGCAUCGUGCCAGCUCCUGCCCCUGUUCCACCCCAAGCCGCCGCCCCUGAACCCCCCUCCAGCAGGCCCCCCUGGAUCACUGAUGACUCUUUUGCGAACAAGUUUGACCCCAGCAAGACCACCAGCACCAGCAUGAAAGUGCCUGCUCUACCUCAGAGUGCCCCACCAGCACCGGCCUAUAUCCCACACCCUGGCUCUGCCCACACCCCUCACUCUGCCCCAAGUCCUGCCUAUAACCCAAGCCCUGCCCCCUACAACCCCACCCCUGCCCCUUUCAAUCCCGUUGCCCGGGGUGUGGCCCAAAGGGCGGAGCGCUUCGCUGCCAACAGCAACAGAGCACCCCUCUGUGGAGCCUGCAACAACAUGAUCAGGGGACCCUUCCUGGUGGCCCUGGGUCGAUCCUGGCACCCAGAGGAGUUCAACUGUCACUACUGCCACACAUCGCUGGCAGACUGCAGCUUUGUGGAGGAGCAGAACGCAGUGUACUGUGAGAACUGCUACGGAGAGUUCUUUGCCCCCACCUGUGCCCGCUGCAACACCAAGAUCAUGGGGGAGGUGAUGCAUGCUCUGCGGCAGACAUGGCACACCACCUGCUUUGUGUGUGCUGCCUGUGGCAAGGCCUUUGGAAAUAGCCUCUUCCACAUGGAGGACGGGGAGCCCUACUGCGAGAAAGACUACAUUUCACUCUUCAGCACCAAGUGCCAUGGCUGUGACUUCCCAGUAGAAGCGGGAGACAAGUUCAUUGAAGCACUGGGUCAUACUUGGCACGACACCUGCUUUGUCUGUGCGGUGUGUAAUUUGAACCUGGAGGGCCAGCCCUUCUACUCCAAGAAGGACAAGCCACUGUGCAAGAAGCACGCUCACGCCAUCAACGUGUAGAUGCUCCAUCUGCAGUUUUAUGGGGUGGUGGGCAGGUGCUUACGUAGCUAUGCCCAAGCCUUGGCAAAGAGCCCAGUAGAGGGCAUUGAUGCCAGUCAAAAUGAUGAAAAAGCUGAAGAUGAUAGCAGCAAGAUUGACUGUUCAGCAAACCGAUCAAUCAGGCGUGACAAGAUUUUAAGUAUUUUCAUCAGUACUGAAAUUCAAGACAAACUGCCUAAAAUGCUGCAGCCCCCCCCCCCCCCCCCCCAAACAUGUGUUACGUUUGUAUUUAUUAAUAUCACUUACAAAUGAAUUAUAUUGUAUGUCAGAGAAUUCUGAUGUAAAUCCUUUGCUACUCCACUCAGAUCCUGGAGGGCCUCAAUCCAGUAAGGCUGGAGCAAAAGCCUUAGCGGCCUACAGACACAGGCAGACUGAGUGGAGUAGCAGGGCAAUCAGUAAAUAAGAUGCCUUAUUUCACAGGAACACUGUGUGCUUUGUGUUGUUGAAUGUCAAAACCCAAAUAGCUUGCAGUGAAUGUCAUAAGAUCGUUUUAGUAUCACAUACAGUAGAUUUAACAUGAUGAUGCCUCACGCCGACCAACAGAGCACAGAACGUGAACCGACACAGUAUACUGUAGCAUGACACAUGCAGGCCUACGAACGCUGUUUGAUUUCACAAAGGUAUUAUUAAAGUGGACAGUUUAGUAAGUGAUAUUUAUUGCAUCUUUGGCAAAGUGUUAUUUAUUUACAUAGAAUAAAACGGAAGUAUAACAUCCAUGGAUGUUUAGAUUGCUGAUAAAACGAAACAGUUAUAUUUGGGCUUUUGCUGAAUGAUUUAGUUUUUUAUGCAUGCAGUUGCAUCAUACAGAGGUUCAUAGUAUCAUAUGGAGGACCUGUCACUCACUCUUUCAUCCUGGAUUUAUUUAUUUAUGAUAUACAAAGAUGGUGCUCUGUUACAUUAUGAUACAGUAAUACUAUACCAACUUUGGGGAUCCAGGUAGAAGAUGAGACAAAUCUUUGGAUAUAUUUGAACACUUUAUGAGGUAGGGAAUUCAGGUUUUUUGGAAUGUGUCUCAUAAACUGGGAUUUGCUCCUGACUGGAAAUCAAGGAACCACUCUGUGUCUUUUGUAGUAUGUAAUGGGGAUUUUGGGGAGGUGCACCGAUUGGUGGACAAGAGCCAGAAAGAUAUGUCACAGUGGGCCGCCGGACUAUUGUGUCUCUGAAUUGCGCUUAAGGGAGACGACCUCUGGCCUGGGGUCUUACAGAUACAUUUUACACAACAGAUGUCUAUGCAUGGUGAUAUGCCAUACACCUGUAUGAAGCGCUUAAUUUAAACAAGAAUAUAUAGGAAAUGUCUGUCAAGGUAAAAAAAAAUAUAUAAAAAAAUACAGCCAAACACAAUCAUUUCUCUCUCACUAGCACACACACCUUAAAGGUCAGUUGACAGUGUGCUUGUGUACAGACUUUAUACUUUCAGAGUUUAUUUUAUACAUCUUUGUGUAUGUUCUGUAUUUGUGUAAGUGUGUGUGCAUGCAUGAGUUUGUACAUGAUUGUCAGUGCAUGUCUACUGAGGCAACAUCAGUAUUAGUUAUGUAUCUGUGCCACUAGAGUAGCAAAGCAUACUGUGAUUUUGCAUAACACUUGAGUACUUUUGAUAUGCAUACUGUAUGUGUGUAGAUCAACUGGUAAGAAAAGCACAGUCCGUGCCAGUUCAGAAUAAACUUUACAUGGUACCAUUGGCGGGAAAUGAAGACGGGCUUGAAUUGUUGCUAAAUAGUUGUUUACUGAAAGUUCAGCGUAUUGAAACUAGUUGUAUAGUUUCCAACCACUAGAGUGCAACAGAGUGUUGACACCAUUCUGCUACUUGGCAUGCCUCAGACACUAGUCACUACAUAGUACACUCACUGUAUGUUCCCUCUGUCCCCACUCCAGCAAACACUACAAAGCCAUUUGUCACCCCUGUGGACUUCGUUUCCAACAGUUCAAUGUCAAGCUUUAUUUCCAGGCCCCAUGUAUCAACCAGCCAUGUCAUUACACUAACUCCAUAAUCAGAAAUUGUGGACAGCAUAGGGAAAACAAUUGUUAGGGUUAUUUAGAUGGUUCCCCUUUUUAAAAAAAAGACUAUUGCGUCAACAUGAUGAUAGAAAUGCUGUGCAUCCCAUUGAGGCUAGUCUUAGACAAUCAAAUGUAGUGUAUUUUGUGUUACCUGGUAUCUGAAGGACCAUGUCAGCAACCCAAAAUGUCAAUAUCGCUGGUUCCAAUGCUCACACGUGUCCUCUGUAGUCAACAUUGGCAAUAAUAACACAAUGAAAGAAUAGUUAAGGACAUAAUUAAGGAGGACACAGUUUUAUAGAAUUUCACAGUCCAUUCCCAAAUGACUAGAACUUCUCUCUGCCGUCAGGCAUUCAUUCCAUUUAGGUAAGAGGUCUCUGGUGCAUCUCUGUCCUCUGUAACGAGAGACUUAAGUAGCCUUCAUCGUUCUCUUCACUCUUGACACGUCCCUCCCUCCUGGCUAGUUCUCACUAAACACACGGGUUACUUUGCAAUGACACUGUAUUAAGACCAUCCUUUUCAAUUUCAGGAUGCUGAGUGGUCUUUUAGAUGUUGGUUCACACAUGACUUCUGUAUGUACUGCUGUUUAGUAAACACGGGUGAGGCUGCAAGGUUUAUAUCCAAUGUGCAAAAGGGAUUGCUUCUUCUUCCAUGUUCUGUGUUUUGAUCGGGGAAAGUGAUUUUUUUUUCUCCAUAGUAGUAUUUUUGUUUUAGAAUAGAUGAUAUAUACUUGGCAUGAGAUAACAACCGCACUCUUAAAUCGGAUCGUUGAUUUACUCGUGUUUUUGAAGCAGCAACUGAAAUGUGGCUUUGAUCUUUGAGUAGUUGUAGGGCGUCAAUGUUUUUUUUCUUUGGCAUGGACUGUGUUGGAGGAAUGGAGUUGUUGUCAUUGUUCUGUUGUACAUGUAUUAAUAACACCUGAAUUAGUGGUUCAUCUCUUGCUGCAUUUGUACUUAGAACCCUAUCGUCUAUAUAGACGAGGUCUUUUUUUAUGUGGAACGUUGAUUGUGUUUGGAUUGUAACCCCAUAUUUCAAAUGACUCACCCUGCCUGGCCUACCAUAACACGAACUAUACUUAGAAAUAGGAACAUGUUUCAUGCAUUGCUUUAUUUAGUGAAAUGCAUCUGACUGCUAUCAGAACAGAGUUACAUGGAGAAAGGAUAUACCUUGACGAUUGAAGAAUUUAACAGGAGUCUAUCGGUGUGUGUGUGUGUGUGUGUGUGUGUGUGUGUGUAUCUGUCUUGGGAAGGAAAUGUGCUUGAUUUCGUCUCUCUUGAGAACUUCCUGGAUUGGGCAAUGUUUGAAGGGCCUUAAUUUAUGCAUGCUGUAGCCUAUUAAAUACCAUGACCUUAAUUUAUAUUGUUCAGCAAAGACUACGAAUCACCAUUAUGUUUUUGUUUUACAACCACAAGUAUGCCUGUAUUACCAGAGUCAAUGUUGAGAGGCUGCUGGUAUCUCUAGGGGGUCGUUCCACAAAAUGGGUGCCUCUUGCAUCCGUUUGAUAUUUAAGUAGAACUUGUGCAACAAUAUUACAUUUUAAAAGCCUGUUAUAUUAAAUGAAGUGCCCUUUUAAUACCGAGCAUUUGGAGAAUCCAAUAAAUAUAAAAAAAUUUAUGUGAAUAAAGGCUACCUAAAGUGCCAAAAUUCAGCAUUUUGUGUGUGCCAAAGUGCCAAAAUUCAGCCCCUCCGUCAACCGUGUCACUUCUUCUAGGAAGAUUUCAACCCACUUACUCAAAACAUUUCUCCAAGUGUCACCAUCGUUGUCCUAGUUAUUUUUUGUUGCUUUUACAAAGUCAUUUGAAGAUGAUUUAUUUUGUGUGAUUAUUGAUUCAUUUACUCCUGUCCCUCAUUUUGGUGAUCCCUGUUAUGUGAACUGAACUUUUGUUUUAAUAUGGUGAAACUAUUUCUUUUAAACAAUUUUUUUUAAAGGAAAGUUUGAACAUUAAUUGUCAAAUCAUAGUUUAAAAGCAGGUGAUAUGGUUGGACUAUUUUUGGCCAUUUUCUGGUGUUUUGUGGUGGGAAACUGAGCGGGUCGAACAUAACACGUCAACACUGUUACCCAUAGAUAGGCUAGAAAUGGUUUAGCUGUCUAUUUCUUUUUCAUGAAGAAGAUAUUCACUUGCCACUCCCUGAUGCACAGAAGCAUCCAUUCCCCUUGUCACAGGGGGAUUUAUGGUUGAUUUAAGAAGAAAUCAUCAACCCCGUUACUUUAUUUUGAUUUGAUUUAUUUGGCACUUUAAUAGGCCCUUUCUAUAGUCAUUUUUGUUAUUUAAAAAACCUCUUGAGAUGAGAACAUGUUUUUUAUGAAUUUGAACAUGUGCGCUUGACAAUGUUAAAUUACACUUCUCAAAAGGCACUGAAUUGGUGGAAUGACCCUAGGAUGGUUUGAAUCUUUGAAAUGUGUCAAUAAAUAUUUUAAUUCACAA